AUGUUUGGUGGAUUAAUUUCUCGAGGAAUUUCAUUACGACAUGUUAAUUUGUUGCAUAAGGAAAAUUAUAAAGGAUAUGUUGGUGAUUUCCUCAAAAAUUCCAAAGAUAGCAGUGGUAAUCUUUUAUUUAAAGGAAAUGAAGUGGAGGCUCUUAGAAAAGAAGUAGGUUUAGAAAGUAUUCAUGCUGAAUUAGGAAAAAAAAGAAGUGAAUUAACUAAGAUUAGUCUUCAAAAAGCUGACAAAAAACAAAAACUAAUCCAAAUCCAAAAUCAAAUUAAGGCUUUUGAAAGUGGAAGAAUUGAUCAUUUACGAACUCAACUUAAACAUUUAGGUGAUAAAUUAACUGAUCCAUCUAAUCAAGAAAUUAUUACUUAUCAAGAAACAAUUGCCAUUAGAACUUUAGUUUAUUUCUUAACUGAUUUAGAAAAGGAGGGCAAACUAGAGACUCCCCUUACUCCUACUGAAAAAGGAUACCUCACUAAAGUAGAACAAUUAGAGGCUAUUCGAAAUGCCAAGCUUCCCACUUAUAACACUUGA